AUGGACGCCGUCUAUAAUCUAGUCGAAUCUGUACACGUGUUUAUACCGCUUGUCGCGCUUCUGGUUUUUCUCACUGUCGUUUAUAUCAACUCAAAAACGCCUGAUGAACCAGACACAGCUCUGAAAAAAGCGACGCAGAAAACUCACGGGAAGGAGCCGGACACAAAGAAAUCGGAUUGA